AUGGACAAGCGAAAGGUGAAAAAGGAGAAAGACGACAGCUCUACGGAGGACAGACCGUUCUCGUGUCCGAAGUGUCCGUACCGCUCGGACCGCCAGCACAACCUGCGGCAGCACCUGCUGACCCACACCGGGGAGAGGCCGUACCCGUGCCCGCACUGCGACUACGCCGCGGGACGCAAACCGCACCUGGUCCGGCACCUGGUCAGGCACACAGGUGUGAAACCUGUCAUCAAACAACGCCGCCGCAGGAAGGCUGUUCAGGUCCAGAAGCCCGUGAAACAGUGCCCUUUCUGCGACUACACCUCCAAGCGUAUGUACGACAUCAACGUGCACGUGCGCACUCACACCGGUGAGAGACCCUACAAAUGUCCCGUAUGUGACUGGUCCUUCGCGCACAGCUCCACCCUCGGCACCCACAUGGACAUCCACCGCGGAAACAAACGCUUCCAGUGCCCCCACUGUGACUACGCUUCCGUACGGAAGGAGUGUCUACGCCUACAUUUGUCUAAACACACCGGUUUCUUUCCUUACCUGUGUGGGGAAUGCGGGUACAAGACUGCCCAAAAGAGUCGCAUGCUUAAGCACAUGAGAACCCACACGGGGGAGAAACCUUACGGCUGCCCGCAGUGCGACUUUACCACCGCCCACAAGAGGUGCGUGGACCGCCACAUGUCUAUACACACAGGGGAGAAACCCUUGAUGUGUGAGGAGUGCGGGUACCGGACUGCAGAUAGAGGGAAUCUUGUCAAACACAUGAGAAAACACACAGGAGUGAAACCGUACCGCUGCAGUAUGUGCGACUACUCUAUCUCGGACAGAAGGUUGUUGAACAAGCACAUGAAAAUGCACGAGGAGGAAAAACAUGUGAAAACAGAAACCACUGUGUCCACCGUGAAAGUGAAAAAGGAGCAAACGUAA